CUUCUUGACGCCCACUGUGUGGAGAGGAGUAUGCGAGAGAGGGGAGGAGAGUCUCUCGAAGUGCAUCAGACACAGCUGUUUGGCUCGCAGUGCAGGGAGCACAGGCUUACAAGUGACACUUGGAAGCUGGAUCUCGUAGGUCACAUUGGAAGAUGCUGAGAGGGAACCACCAGCUUGCUGUCCAAAGGAGGCUCGUCGUUAAUAGAGAUACAUAGACACAAAAAUAGGUUCCUUUUCAGGCUGGCAGCGAGAACAAGGGAUCUAAAGAAAACCAGAACAAAAAGUAUUAGCUGAACAAUCAAAAAGCAAUGUUGCCAUGAACGCUUGGUCUCCACAAUCCUAUAACUUUCGGUAAAGUCCUGAUGAUUCCAUUGAAGGCCGAUUAGAAAGAUACACAGGGCUUCACUGACUGGGACAUUACUGAUGAGGCUAAUGUCAUCUGUGACGGAUCAAUAGAUGAUCGUAAACUCAGGUAAGUAGAAAGUAUAACUGUAAAUUUAAUAGAUCUAGCUUUGUAAACUUCCAUAUGAAGUUACAAUGAAUAUAUUUUAAUUAUUUUUGUUUAAGACUAAUCUUUUUUAGACUUGUCUCCUAGUGCUAUAACUGAAUCUCUGGGGCCCAAAUUGAGCAGCAGAAGGGAUUGCAGUCCCAAUAGCUGUUCCUGCUAUUCCAUCUUGUGCUCUUUGCAUAGUUUUAGCUCAGUUUCUAUGUACACACUGAAAGCUAACACCUGCCUUGUAUUUGCUUAUAUUUCCUAUAUUGAAAUAUAAUAAUAUACUAUAUAGUGGAAUGUUGGUGUGCAUACAUAGAAAGACACUGUAAGAAAUGUACGUGUGUGUGUGUGUGUGUGUCUGCGCGUGUGCGUAUGUUUAUAUAUAUAUAUAUAUAUAUAUGUAUAUAUGAUUUCCUAGGUUGUUACAUUCAAUGCUAAAUACUCGUCUUCAUAAAAAGUUGCCUAUCUAUCCCAUUCGAGCUGAUGAUACAUUAAUGUAGUCCUACGGAAGGCUAACCCUCGCUCUAUAGAGCAUAAAGCCACAUUCCUCAGUAAAGCUAAAGUCACGCUGAAAUUGAUUAUUAUUUUUUUUGCAGCCCUUGUGGUUGUAAUAUACAUUUAUCUCGGCAAUCAUCUUCAAUUUUCUCAUCAUACCAUCUCGCCAACACUUUCAUUGCAAAGGAUAUCAUUUUAAGAUUGAGAUAGGCUUUCGCACAGACUCUAUGCGUUUCAAGCAGAGACACGACUGAACGAUGCCUGGCAGGGGAUUAUCCACUAAACUCUAAAUUGUAGCAAAUUGAAAUCAGAAUGGUAAAAUUUAGCCGAUCUGGACCAAUUCUAAAACUCACCUAUAGCCAUGGCAUGGCUGGUUUAGCCUAAAUUUUGCUACAGCAGCUGAAUUCGGAAUUACAGAAUUCAGAACUACAAUUUGGAAUCCAGACAAAAAAAACCUACUCGCUUAAAUAGGUGCAAAAAAGGACCAUGUCCACUAAACAUGCUGUACAUGCUACCUUUUCGACAUGGCUCAGCGUUUGUGAAUCUGUCUGUCCUUUUGUCUUCCACAGUUUAAUAUCUAUGUACUUUUAUUCCCAUACAAUUCAGACUAACCAGCAGUGCAUUUACGCAAAGGGUUAAGGUUUUAAGGGACAGAUUAAACAAGCAAUUGCAUUAGCUAACCUACCGUACAUUAAUUUGAUUGAACCAUAAUGGGUGUAUUCACAGUGAUUAGUGAGGUGUCUCAGUGUUUACAUAGAAAAGCUAUUGCUAUUUUUCUCAAUUGCAGUGCACAUUGAUUUAACAUUAGCUCCCGCAAGAGUUUUCACAUUUAAAAGUACAGCGCUGCUGAGUAUGUUGGCGCUUUUGAAAAAGAAUAAUCUCAAUACAUGGAGUUGGAUUUACAUUUAAUUAUUAUUAACACCAUGGUACACAAGUGUGCACUACAUAAAAAAAAAAAAAGUCUAAUUUAUUAUGGUAGAACUGAAACUGUAUGUAUGGAUUAAGACAACAAAACAAUUUUAUAAACAUCAUGUUUUUUUAUUUUAUUCAUGAAUAAUUAGUUUACAUAGCUGAAAUUUUUACACUAUGAUUUUGAAUAUAUAUUUAAACAAGGUAGCAAACCGAUGUUAUGUUUUUUUUCCUUUUUUUGAUAAACUGAAUUUAUGUUGUUUUCCAUAAUCCUGUUCAAUGUUUGUCUGACUUACUUGCUAAACAUUGUGUUUCACCCCACCCUGGGACAGUAAGGGAUGUUAAACCUAAUUUUAGUAGAGACAUUUGGUUAUUGUUUAAAUGAACACCGUUAUCACCAUAACCACUGCAGUGCAAGUGUAGUUGUAAUGGUACUAGGAAGCUAUUAUUCACGUCACAAUUAAGUUUUAAAUCCUUGACUUUCAAGUGAUGUUUAUGUUAAUCUUCUUUGCCAAGGCUCCAUCCCUUACACUCUGAUGUCCUAUGGGGAAGCAUCAUUGCUCAUGCACAGACAGCUGUCCACAUACAAGAGCUAUACGGUGAACAUGCCCACAUACAUGGCUAUGCAAUCUGAAGCGUCAGGAUGAAUGCGGAAGACCGACUUCAUCUUGUGAUGUCUAUUGAAGGACGCUGGAUUCCAAGCCACUACAUCUUAAUAUGAAGCCUUAUCUGAUUAUAUCUUCCUAAAACACUGCUAUUAAUCGCACAUAUGCUUAAAUAACUUGUAACAAUUGAGACAUACCGUUACGCUAUUUGUUAUUUUUUAUUCUCCUUUUCUUUAUUAUUUUCUUUAUUACUUCAAUGUUGGAUAUUAGUUUAUAUAUAUGGAUCUCAAAACAUCUAAAUUAAUCAUCAAAAUUCAAGUUUUAAAAUAGAAAACAAAACAUGGAAAUGGUAAUGAUUUAAAAAGCAGGUUUUCAUGGACAGCUUCCAAACACCAUCACCACUACAAAAAGCUGUAGUGCUUAUGGUGUUUGGAUUAUCAUUUUAAUAUUAUAGUGCCAUCAGUUACACUACCAUUUCCUGUAACAGACAUGAUGGUAGGAGAGCUGCUUUGAAUUACUAAGCAUAUUGUCAUUAAAAUAUUUUUUCUCUCAAAGUCCAGGAUGGAAAAUUUCCGCCGUAUCCAGACAACGGAUGAAGAGGACGGAACGUGUCUACCAUUUAAAGAUCUUAGUCCAGAUGUGGUGCAGAUGAAAGUAAAAGAAGGCAGUAAGAUCAGAAAUCUUAUUGGCUACGCAGUCGCCCACAUGGGGUGCAAAGGAGGUGGACAGAUAAUUUUCAGUGCCCAUGGUCGCGCAGUGACUAAAGCUGUGACCUGCGUAGAAAUACUUAAAAGACAAAUUGGGGGUCUCCAUCAGAUAACAAAGUUGCAAUAUAAGACACUACAAGAAGUCUGGGAACAGAAGGGUCCAGGGGUUCAGAACCCAGCCCCAUGCCUUACUGUGCAAAAAAACCUCCCUUCCAUUUGUAUCCUUCUGUCUAAACUACCUCUCGAUCCCCAAGAGGAUGGUUAUCAGCCACCACAGUCCAUUGCACAUGCAGAAGUUGGGAAAAGGGAAUUUGUGGAUCAUGAAAAUCAUUUUAUAUCCAAGAAGAGCAAGCCACAGGACAGCACGGAAGUUAAUGGAUGAUAUUGACUUUAUAAAAUUGUUUCUGCAAUACGACCUAAAGCAAAACCAGAACAUUAUACUCUGUACAACAUAUAAAUCAAACAAUAUGACAAAUUCUUCUAUGAAAAGAGAUUUAGAUCUGCAUAAAAUAUAGAUCUUCAGAUAUUUAUUUAUGCCCAGAAGUGACGUCCUUAAUGACAUCAAGCGUACAUUCUUAUGGAUGGGAUUUUCUGGGCUUCCGUUUCCCAUUCUUUCCUUGGGGAACAUGACCAAAAUGUUAAUCGGGAUGAAUGCAAUGAUAAUUCUAUUGUUUUCCAGUAUGUCCUGAAGACCUUGAAUUGUCUUUACAUAAUAUUAAAGACCACAACGCACACCACAAAUGAGUUACAACCAUAUCAUUAUUAUGACGGACACAUUCUCGUUUGUUGGCGUGUGAUGUAUAAUUCUGCGUCUUAAAUAUCCCAUUAAAUCAAUGUAAAUGCUUAUACUGCAUUAUAUCUGCAUUGUGUCCCAUGUGCAUUCAUACUGCAUGGUGUGUCCGCCUGAUAUACUAAAUAAAUAGUAUGUAUUAGGCUUAUCACUGAGCAUUUGUGCUAGAUGCAACCUACCCGCCAGUUCUUGUCAGGCUGAUGAUAUCAUCUAGGCAUUUCUAAGGAAGACUAAACAUCACUAUUUAGAAGCUGAACUCAAUAAUUCACUGUAACACUACAGUCAUAUUGGAACUGACUUCUGGCAGCGCUUGUGUUUGUAAGAUACAUUUAUCAUGGCAAUCAUCUUCAAUUUUCUCAUCAUAUCUUUUUGGCAACACUUUUUUCCCUCUGUCCUAAAGCUGCGCUUGUAUGAAAGGACACCGAAUCCAAGAUUAUUUUUUACUGUACUUAAAUGGACACAGCAAGGUGGAUAUUCCAUCCACAAUAUGUUAUGCCUAUUAUGGAUAUUAGGCUAUAAG